CGAAGAGAGAAAGAAGGAGAAAGUCCGGCUCCGACGUCGGGAUGUCGCCGCCCAAGCGUGGGAAAGCGAAGGGGGGCUCCGCCGCCGCCCCUCCCACCGCCGCAUCGGCGGAGUCCAAGGUCCCAGGCUGCCUCCGCCUCCUUCCUCCGUCAACUGUUGCCAUUACCAUCCACGCCAAGCCGGGCUCCAAGAUGUGGGCGACGAGGCUGUCGGCGUUCAAAUCGAUGCCCCGGCGAGGGACGGCGAGGCCAACGCCGCGCUGCUUGAGUACAUCGGCUCGAUUGAAGAAACAUAUAUACUCUUCUGAAAGGCUGGGAAAACUAUCUACCAUGCAGCUUUUAGGAGUGAAAAAACGGCAAGUAUCUAUUGGAUCUGGUUCAAAAUCCAGAGACAAGGUCGUUCUCGUGCAAGAUGCAACUCUGCAAAGUGUUUUUGAAGCCCUUAACAAGGCAUGCAAAUGUGAGUAGGUAAGGAGCACCAGAGCUCACUGUGGAAAACUUGGAAGUUGUCCACGAGUUGUUUGUUUUCUCGAGUUUCAUGAGACUUAAUAUAAAUUAAAGUUUGUUUA